UUGUAAGAUAUUUUUCUUAAAAAAUACGACCACAACGACGACGACAACGACGAUUCAGAAAAAAACAAUUUUAAAAUUGACAACAACAACAAAAAGAAAGAAAACUAAAACAAAUUUGCUUCGAUAACGACUCACUUUCCUCAAAUCGAAUCAAAUUGAUUUAAGCAAAAAUUUUUUUCAAAAUAUUCUUCGAAAAACGUGGUGAACCGAAUCAAAAAAAACCACGUGUUUAUUUUUUGGUGCAUGUGUUUGGUGAGCGCGAAUUUUUUGCUAAAACGAAUCACGAUGAUAAUGAUAAUGAAUUCGAAUGAUUCAACAACAACAAAUAUCAAUAGUUGUUGUAAUAAUGAUCAACAACAACAACAGGAAAAACAACAAACAGAUGAUAAUUUAACAACAAAAGAUCUUAAUGAAUUAUUAACAUAUUUUUCAAGUAGUUCAAGUUCACCAUAUCGUAGUAGUAAUUAUAAUAAUAAUAAUCGUUAUAAUUAUAAUAAUGGUAAUGAUAAUGGUCAAUCAAUAAUUUCAAGGAUUGAAAAUCAAUGUAUAAAUUUAAUAUCAAAAGAUUAUUCAGAUUAUUUAUUAAUUGAAAAUGACCGUGGACAAUUAUCAACAAGUUAUCCAUCAAAAAUUAUUAUUCCUGAAAUUGAAUCGAACGAUAAUGAAAAUCAUCGUAAUGGAAAAACAUCGAACGAUAAUCAAGUGCUCGUUGAUAUCGAUGAUGACGACGGUGAUGAAGUUGAUAAUAUUAUACCGAUUGUAGAUUUACAACAACAGCAGCGAAAGGAAAAAAAUUCCAGCCAGAAAAAAUUUGAUAUUCAAAAAUUAAAAGAUUUGAUUGGAAAAGCACGUGUUGCACGUUGUCGUGCACGUUUUCCAGUACCGGUUAUUCUAUAUAAAGAUAAAUAUAUUUGUCGUUCGGCAACAUUAUCCAGUGCUGCUGAAAUAUUUGGCCGUUCAGUAUUGGAUUAUACAUUUAAUGAUACAUCAUCAUCAUCGAAAUCAUCAAAUACAAAAUCAUCCAGUUUGAUGAUGAUGAAUCAUGAGGAAAAUGUUAUCGAAACAAUUGGUGUUGAUGAUGAUGAUGAUUUUAUACAGGCAAAUCAUAUUCAUAUUGAAAAUAAUUCACCACCACCACCAUCUGUACGACCAAAUUCAUUAGCUGAUUCAACAAAAUUAUUUACCUAUUUUCGUAAUCAAGAUAUUCGAUUAUUAAAAUAUCUGAAUGUAAAACUUAUUUGUGAUCUAAUGUUGGAAAAGAAAAAAGUAAAAUUCGGUAUGAAUGUAACAUCAUCGGAAAAAGCGGAUAAAAAAAAUCGUUAUCAAGAUUUUAAUAUUCUAACCCUUCCUUAUCCUGGUUGUGAAUUUUUUCGUGAAUAUCGUGAUAAUAGUUAUUCAGGUGAAGGUUUGAUUUAUGAUUGGAAUCAAGAUUUUGUUGAUGCUGAAUUUGGUUUUAAUAAUUCCAAAGAAAUAUCCAGAAUUUUACAAUUAAAUUUUAAUGAUUAUCGUAAAUGGGAUGUAAUUAAUCUAACCAGGAAUUAUAUAAAAUUAAUACUUUAUUUUCUAAAUGAAUUUGAUUCAUCAAUAUUAAUACAUUGUAUAUCUGGUUGGGAUCGUACACCAUUAUUUAUAUCAUUAUUACGUUUAACAUUAUGGGCUGAUGGAAAAAUUCACCGUUCAUUAACAUCAGUAGAAAUUUGUUAUUUAACUGUUGCAUAUGAUUGGUUAUUGUUUGGUCAUAAUCUUAAUGAUCGUUUGAAUAAAGGUGAAGAGAUAAUGUUUUUUUGUUUUCAAUUUUUAAAAUUUAUUACGGAUGAUGAAUUUUGUAUUGAUAAUAUUCAACAACAACAAUCUGAACCGAUAAUAAGCGAUCAAGAUGAAAAAAUUGAAAGAAAAAUUAGCACCGAUAGUUUUACAUUAUAUGAAGAUUUUGUUAUUGAAAACAUUCCGAAUAAUAAUGCAAACAACUGCAGCAAUACUUCAGCAAACAAUAGUAUUGGUAGUUCAUCUAGUUUAUUGUUAAAUCAACAACAAAAUAAUAAUAAACCUGAAGAUUCAUAUUCAUUAGUAUCGACAUUUGAAUUUGAACAACAACAACAAACAACAACAACAACUAAAGAUAUUCAAGAAUCAUUGCCAUCUGAAAUGAUUGCUACAUUAACAUUGAAUGAUGUUGAUGAUACUGUUAAUCAUUUUGGAUCAUCAUCAUCACCAUCGCCACCACUGCCAAUACGAAGAGUAAAUAAUUCAUUUAAUAAUGAUGAUAAUCUUUUUGAUAAUUUACAUUCAUCAACACAACCGGUACAGAUACCGAUUGUAAAUAAUAAUAAUCAUCAUAAUCAUCAUCAUCAAUCAAAUUCAUUAACAAAUGGUGAUGGUAGUGGUAAUGAUGAUUCAUUAUGUCGUUCGGAUAGUUGGCAAUUUGUAUCGGAAGCAUCGAGCAUUAUUGAUAAUCAUUCAAUUUUAAAUCAACAUUUUAGUUCACCAGAAUCAUUUAGUUCAUUGGCCAAUAAUUGUAAUCAUUCAAACAACAGCAAUGAUAAUUGUAAAAAAUCAUUAAAUCCAAAUAAUCCAUUGAAUUUACCACAAUCAUCAUCGCCAACAACAUCGUUAUCAUCAUUCAAUAAUCAAUCAAACAACAACAAGAAUAAGAAUAAACGAUUGAAAAAACAACGUUGUGAACGUUUAUUAGAAGUACGUUCAUUAUUUAAUAGUGCUUAUAUGUCAAUAAAUUUUCAUCAUAAUAAUGGUAAUAAUAAUAAUGGUAGCGUUGCUGGUGGUUUAGUUACUAAUUUUAUGGAUCAACUUUGUCGUACUGUUAAUAUAUAACCACCGUUGAUUAUCAUCAUCGAUGUUGUUUUUUUCACUUCAUUUGUUGUUGUUGUUUUUCAAGUUUUUUUAAAAUCAUUUUUUAAA